AAUGACGGAAAUCAGAAAUGUUUUGAAAUUUGAAUUUUGAGGUUAGAAAGAGAAACUCUCAAAAUAAUUUCUUCAUAAAAAUAACAAUAAUUUUAAGACCUAGAAAAUCAGCUAUGUGCAAAUGAAUAGAUUCAUGAAAUUAACUUGAAUUUGUUGUAUUAUAAUAAUAAGUGAAAAAGACUUAUACUAGGAUGGCGAAUACAGUUUUGGUUAAGUUUAACCAACUGCGGCUCUUGCCCACCGCGGUUUAUUUGCAAGCUAAUCGUACCACAACAACGAAACAUUAUGAUCCCAAAUUCAAGAAACUGCGUAAAGGAAAGUAUCUGAAAGUAGAAUUACCGGAUUUUAAUGAAGAUUUUGAGAGUAUUUCGCAAGAGCGUAUGAGGCAGAAGAUGAAGGAGAGAGGCGUGUUGCCGCCGAGGCCGUGGAGUGAUCGACCAUUCUAUAUAUCAUCUACAGGUGGAGUUUUUGAAGCCUACGUGCCACCAGAGGGCGACGGCAAAGCGUCCCUCGUGUCCACAACUCGCGCGAAACAAGCCGUCGAAUUAGUCGAAAAGAAGUCCAAAUCAAUGAUGGCAAUCCGUAAGAUAAAAUCCUUUGACGAGGACUUCGAUUCGAAAGCCUUCUGUCAGCAAGCGCAAGACAUUUAUGUAAAGGCCCAUGAAUGUUUAAUUAAUAGAGACAGAAAAGUAUUGAGAACUUUGGUAACUGAGAAAGCGUAUCCGGAGUUCAUGCACAAUACAAAUGGAAAGACGAUAAGAUGGAAGUUUCUGGAGUCAUUGGAACCGCCGAGGGUGGUGCAUGCGAGGUGCACGGAUGUUGUCAGCAAGGAGAAUAUAUUUGGACAGGUCACCGUUCGCUUCCACACGCGCCAGCAGUUAUCCGUAUACGAUCGCUUCGGCAGAUUACUGCAUGGCAGUGACAUAUUAGCAAAGGAUGUACUGGAAUACGUGGUUUUUGAGAAACAUUUAUCCAAUUUGUACGGAGUAUGGCGAGUACACGAUAAAAUCAUACCAGACUGGGCUCCGCCAAAGGAUCCUUCGAAAUUAACAAGGAUAAUGCCUGAAGAGACUCCCGCUGAAGAGACUGCUUCUGAAGAUGUUGAAGAUAAGGAUAAAGAAGUCACUAAGAUCGCUGAUAAAUAGAUGUAAAAUAAAUGUUUAGUUAGUG